AUGGGGCGCCCGGGGUCCCCUGGGGAUGGGGGGCCCGGGUCUCCUGAACGGAUGGGGGCGCCGUGGUCCUCUGAGGAUGGGGUGCCGGGGGUCUCCGGGAUGGGUGCCGGAUGGGGCCCGGUCCUGAGGAUGGGGGCGCCGGUCCUGGCAGGAUGGGGGCGCCGGGCCUCGGAUUGGGGCGCCGGCUCUGAGGAUGGGGUCCGGGGUCUCUCUGAGGAGUGGGGGCGCCGGGGUCUCUCUGAGGACGGCACCGGGGUCUCUGAGGAUGGGUGCCGGGGUCCUCUGGAAGGGGAUGGGGUGCCGGUCUCUGAGGAUGGGCGUGCCGGUCUCUUGGGACUGGGGGUGCCGGGGUCUCUCCUGAGGAUGGGGGGGCCCGGGUCUCUGAGAUGGGGGCGCCGGGGGUCUCUGUGA